AAAAAUGUGAAAGCACGGCUAGAUUGCCCUGCGCAUCUCAACUCUUUCUUUUCAAGGAAUACAUUUGCUAUACUACCAGCGUGUUUUUGGUAAAGAUUUUAUAAGAGGGGAGGAGGGUUUAAGCCAAAAAGAGUUGGAAAUGGAGUCGUCGUCUCCAACAUUGGGGAAACGGAAACUAGAGGAGGAACACGAAGCAGCAGCAGCGUCACAAGCAUCUGCUUUGAAAAGGCGAAAUUUGGCCGCGGUCAGAACCUGCGUUCACGAGGUAGCAGUUCCCAGUCAUUACACUUCAACCAAUGACGAAUCACUUCACGGUACCCUCUCAAACCCCAUCUAUAACGGUCAAAUGGCCAAAAAUUACCCAUUUAAGCUGGACCCAUUUCAAGAAAUCUCCGUAGCAUGUUUAGAACGAAAGGAAUCAGUCCUCGUAUCAGCACACACUUCCGCUGGCAAAACUGCAGUUGCAGAGUACGCAAUCGCUAUGUCUUUUAGGGAUAAGCAGAGAGUAAUUUACACUUCACCUUUAAAAGCUUUGAGCAAUCAGAAAUACAGAGAGCUGAGUCACGAGUUUUCUGACGUGGGUUUAAUGACCGGUGACGUCACCCUCUCGCCGAAUGCGAGUUGUUUGGUGAUGACGACGGAGAUUUUAAGGGGUAUGCUUUAUAGGGGUUCUGAGGUGUUGAAAGAAGUUGCUUGGGUUAUAUUUGAUGAAAUACAUUACAUGAAAGAUCGUGAGAGAGGGGUAGUUUGGGAAGAGAGUAUUAUAUUCUUGCCACCAGAAAUUAAGAUGGUGUUCCUUUCGGCUACCAUGUCGAAUGCCACGGAGUUUGCUGAAUGGAUUUGUAAUAUUCAUAAGCAGCCUUGUCAUGUGGUGUAUACGGAUUUUCGGCCUACACCUCUGCAGCAUUAUGUGUUCCCUAUGGGUGGUUCUGGAUUGUAUCUUGUGGUUGAUGAUAACGAGCAGUUUAGGGAAGACAAUUUCUUGAAAUUACAAGAUACUUUUACGAAGCAGAAACUGCGGGGGAGCGCCAAUGGGAAGGCUAGUGGAAGAAUUGGAAAAGGUGGCUCUGCUUCUGGUAGUGUGUCCGAAAUCUACAAAAUUGUUAAGAUGAUCAUGGAACGGAAGUUCCAGCCAGUGAUUAUAUUCAGUUUUAGUAGAAGAGAAUGUGAACAACAUGCAAUGUCUAUGACCAAACUUGAUUUUAAUACUGAAGAAGAAAAGGAAGCUGUGGAGCAGGUAUUCCGUAGUGCAGUGGCGUGCUUGAGUGAGGAAGACAGAAACUUGCCAGCAAUUGAAUUAAUGUUGCCACUGCUUCAGCGUGGGAUUGCUGUUCACCACUCUGGUUUGCUUCCUGUUAUCAAGGAACUUGUCGAGCUUCUCUUCCAAGAAGGACUUAUAAAGGCUCUUUUUGCCACAGAGACGUUUGCCAUGGGACUAAACAUGCCUGCAAAAACAGUAGUGUUUACCAAUGUAAAAAAAUUUGAUGGUGAUAGCCAUCGUUACAUUGGAUCUGGCGAAUAUAUACAGAUGAGUGGAAGAGCAGGACGUCGUGGCAAAGAUGAACGUGGUAUUUGCAUUAUCAUGAUUGAUGAGCAGAUGGAGAUGGAUAACCUCAAGGACAUGGUUUUGGGUAAACCAGCUCCGUUGGUCAGCACUUUUAGGUUGAGUUACUACACAAUUUUGAAUCUAAUGAGCCGGAGUGAAGGUCAAUUUACUGCCGAGCAUGUUAUCAAAAACUCAUUUCACCAGUUUCAGUAUGAAAAGGCCUUACCUGACAUUGGGAAGAAGGUUUCCAAGUUGGAAGAAGAAGCUGCAACGCUUGAUGCCUCAGGGGAGGCUGAGGUUGCAGGGUAUCAUAAACUAAAGCUUGAGAUUGCCCAAUUUGAGAAAAAGUUGAUGGCUGAAAUAACAAGGCCUGAAAGGGUUCUGUAUUUUCUUCUUCCUGGUAGGCUGGUUAAGGUACGGGAAGGUGGAAAAGAUUGGGGUUGGGGUGUUGUAGUCAAUGUGGUGAAGAAGCCUCCAGCAGCAUUGGGUUCUUUGCCUGCUGCCCUCUCUGCUUCACGUGGCACUGGCUAUAUUGUGGAUACCUUACUUCAUUGCUCGCUGGGUUCCAGUGAAAAUGGUUCUCGACCCAAACCAUGUCCCCCUCGUCCCGGGGAAAAGGGAGAAAUGCAUGUGGUUCCUGUUCAGUUACCCUUAAUUUCUUCCCUCAGCAAGCUUAGAAUAUCUGUUCCUUCUGAUCUUCGGCCUUUGGAAGCGAGGCAAAGUAUUUUGCUUGCAGUACAGGAGCUUGAAAAACGUUUCCCCGAAGGGCUCCCGAAGCUUAACCCUGUAAAGGACAUGGGCAUUGAAGAUCCUGAAGUUGUUGAUAUGGUAAACCAGAUUGAAGAACUCGAGAAAAAGCUGUUUUCUCAUCCACUUCAUAAGUCACAAAAUGAACAUCAGCUUAAGUGUUUCCAAAGGAAGGCUGAAGUGAACCAUGAAAUUCAACAGCUCAAGUCAAAAAUGCGUGAUUCACAGCUUCAAAAAUUUCGGGAUGAACUUAGGAACCGCUCCCAAGUCCUAAAAAAGCUGGGUCACAUUGAUGCUGAUGGUGUUGUGCAAUUGAAGGGGCGGGCAGCCUGCUUGAUAGACACUGGAGACGAACUUCUUGUGACUGAACUGAUGUUUAAUGGUACAUUCAAUGAUCUUAAUCAUCAUCAAGUUGCGGCUCUUGCAAGUUGCUUUAUCCCAGGCGACAGAACAACUGAACAAAUACUUUUAAGAGAUGAACUUGCAAAACCAUUACGACAGCUACAAGAUAGUGCAAGAAAAAUAGCAGAGAUACAAAACGAAUGCAAGUUGGAAGUAAAUGUCGAUGAAUAUGUGGACGCAGCAGUUCGACCAUUCUUAAUGGAUGUUAUUUACUGUUGGUCAAAGGGUGCAUCUUUCGCGGAGGUUAUACAAAUGACGGACAUCUUUGAAGGUAGCAUCAUACGGCUGGCUAGAAGGCUUGAUGAAUUUUUAAACCAGUUGAAAGCUGCUGCACAUGCUGUGGGAGAAACAGAUUUAGAGAAUAAAUUUGGUGCAGCAAGUGACAGUCUUCGGCGAGGGAUAAUGUUUGCAAAUUCUCUCUAUCUAUAAGAGUUAAGUAGAUGAGAGCUGAAGUUCUCAUUAGCUAGCUGUAUAUCAAAUCUGUGUAGUUUCUGUCCCUGUUAUGGGACUAGCUGACAGAUUGUUCUUUUAUUAUUUUUCCUAUUUUUCAAAGAAAUAGUUUCUUACUUCUAGUGAUGCAUUCUCCAGUUGAAUGUGGCAAAUCUAUAACCUUGCUCUGUCUCGUUAAGAUUGUAAGUGAUACACUUCAUUCUUUUUGGCAGAGAAAACAUAAAGGUUCCAAACU